GCAAAACCCAGAUGAUUUGGAAAAUGGGCAACAAACAACUUAUGGCACCCCAGUACAGCUUCAGCAAUGGAGUGGAAGUUUCCAACAUCACCGUUGGCCCCUUCAAGGAACCUGUGACCUCCCUGAGCUGUUGUGUGCUGGAACAUGGCAUCCCACAGGUUAUGAACUUCACCCAGAUCCAGGCUGGAUACCCUCCAUCCCAGCCUCAGAACCUCACCUGCAUCUUCAACAUUACCUCCAAAACCCUGGCGUGCCAGUGGGACCCUGGGCAGGACAGCCUCCUCCCAACCCGCGUCGCCCUGAAGGGGUUCCGGAGCUCGAAGGAGUGUAAGCCCCUGGCCUCCAUCCCAGACUGCGUUCCCGAACCCGGCCAGCCCUCCUGCACUAUCCAGCGCUCGGACCUCCCGCUGCAUCAAGAAAUGCUUUUCUGGGUGUCUGUGGAAAACGCCCUGGGCACGGUGACCUCUGACCCCUUGUGUGCAGACCCCAUGAAUUUAGCCUUGCUGGAGCCCCCGGCCAUCCAGGACAUCCGGUCCGUGCCCAAGGAGACCGACUGUGUGUUGGUGGCAUGGGUAGCAGCAAAGGGCAGCGACCACAUGGGUCAGGUGUGUGACCUGCGCUACCAGGUGGAAGGCAGCCCGGAGUGGAGCCUCGUCCACAAUAUCACCACCCGCCACCGGCAGAUCCAGCAAUGCGGCUUCCUCUUUGGCAGCCGCUACCACUUCCAGAUGCGCUGCAGGAUCCUCCCUCUCAGCAGCUGGAGCAACUGCAGCAGCUGGAGCGACUGGAGCCCAGCCAAGCUCUUCACCACACACGAGAAAGCGCCUUCAGGAAAACUGGAUGCCUGGUGGAAACUGCAAGAGUCAGGGAAGGGGACUGAAGUGCGGUUGCUGUGGAAGCCCAAAUGUGCUGGACUCUCAAAACAUGCUGAGCCACAAAAGAACUGGCUGCAGUUAAAACUAAUGUUAGUUCAAAUACAAACCCUAGCUCUUUUGCUAAUCUGGUCAAGCGUGCUGGAUGAAUGCAGACUGGACGAGCUGCAGAUACGUUUCAUUUCUACCCAACCAACCAGCCAGCCAGCCAACCGCCCUUAUCUUGUUCUACAGCCGAUGAGGCCAGACGAGGCCAAUGGCAGAAUCCUGGGAUACUGGGCAGCGCUGGGCACCCGUCAGCACAAUGGAGAGAGCCCCCUCUCUCUCUGCAACACCACGGAGAGGCAGUGCACGUUCUCGGUGCCACCGGGAACCCAGAGGAUUUAUCUCACAGCCUACAACUCUAGAGGUGCAUCUCAACCCACAGAAAUCUUCUUGCUGGAGAAAAAAGGUCAGCCUGUGCUCCGGAUCCAGGCCUUCCCACACAGUGAGAAGAGCUUCCAGUUGUGGUGGGAUCCUCCGAGGACCCCGGCUACCGGCUACAUUAUUGAGUGGCACAGAGUGACCUCUGCGGCAGGGGACUACAGCAUUGAAUGGAAAAAGCUGCACAACGGAAGCAUCACACAAACCCUGAUCCAAGAAAACAUUGAGCCUUUCCAGCGCUAUAAUAUCUCCAUCUACCCCCUCUACAGGGACGGCGUAGGAGUGCCUCAGUCGGUGGAAGCUUACACAAGGCAGAAAGCUCCAUCCAGCAGCCCCAAAGUUCAUCCCAGAAACAUUGGGGUGUCCACAGCUGAAGUUUGUUGGGAACCCCUCCCCAUUGAAGAGCAGAAUGGGUUCAUCACCAGCUACACACUCUUCUGGAUCAAUCCCAGUGAAGCUGCUAGAAGUGUUGUUGUGAAUGCUUCUGUGGACACCCUCACCAUCUCUGGUCUUUGGCCUUCAAGGAUGUACAGCCUGCAUAUCAUGGCCUCUACAAAGGGAGGGAGCACCAAUGGGACCAGUCAUAUGAUCACCACCAAGGCAAUGGACAACCUGGACAUCACCAUCAUGUACUUACUCAUUGGGCUGCUCUUGGCCAUGAUAAUCGGCAUGGUCAUCUGCUUUCAGAAAAGCAAAAGGAUGAAGACGCAGUUUUGGCCUAGUGUCCCUGACCCAGCCAACAGCAGUCUGGGCAAAUGGGCCCCUGCUGUUCUGCAGGAGGAGACCCUCCAGGCUCCCAAGGCAUGCGAGCUCAGCCCUGUCAUUGUUUCUGCCAUCUUAGUGAUUGAAACAGAUGAGAAAAAGUGCCUUUCCUGUGGGAAGAGUGAGCCCAGCCCAGCCCUGGAGGACAGCCCAGCAGCCCUCUCUGACUCUUACCCCCGUGAAGCCAAGGGAGCUUUACCAACUGGGGGCUCAACGCCAACCUCCUACAUGAAUAGCCCAGAGUCUGUUCAGUAUGCCAAGGUACUGGGGGGCAGCUAUCGCAGUCAGCAAGAAGCAUCGCCCACCCUCUACAUACAUUCCAGCUCCAGGCAACCUUUGCUCCGCAGCCUGACCCCCAGCCCAAAGCCUUACAAGAACCUGUGGUUCCACAGCAACCAGCCAGAGCGAGCAACCAGCUCCAGCUUCAAAGAGGAGGCGGUUUUCCUGGAUGGGGCCCUGCUGGAUUUCCCACUGCUGCAGGGGCUCAAAAUUGAUGGGGAUGAAGACCUUUGCAAUUUCCGAAAGCUAUAGGACCCAGCUGACAACUCAGGGCUGCAGGGGGAGUGGCCCGCUCUUCUUCUGGUUCUUCUCCUCUUCCUUUUCCUUCUCCUCCCUGAGGGGUCUGGCCAAGCAGUAUUUUGUAUCUAGAAGGUGGGCAGAGUCACAUUUCUCCAAACUCAGAUGAGAAACUGCCAGAAGCAGCCAUGCUUUAGUUUAGAUCAGUAGAAGGCAAUCUCAGGGAAGCGGGGUGGGGGGGAAUUUUUGGAUUUUUGUUUCUGGUUCAGAGGCUGCAAGAGGCA